AUGACAGGUAUCAGUGCGUACUUGUAUUGUCUGUGCGGUGUUGUUGCGUUCACGAAGGUAGCUGCUUGGACGAUCGAUCUGGAGGAAGUGAGAAAGUUCUUCGACGACCAGAGAAGAAAGGAGUUGGAGCAGCAUUUGAGUAGGCAUGAAGACUCUUACGACUACGGGGGCCUGGUCGACGGGCGAAGCGGGGAUCACUACGCGGACGGUUACGCCUACGAAAGUUAUAUGGAGAGGAAGGUGCACGGAAUAGUGAGGAACGGCACAGAGUAUCUAGACGGUCUGAAGUUGGCCAUAGAGAACUUCAAGCUGACCGUAGAGAACUGCAGUAGGGCAAACUUCACUCAGUACCCUGGAUUGAGCUGGAACGGGACAACUCUGGGCUCGUGGAACUCCAGCUGGGUGCAGGGCCUGGACUCCAAUCCAUCGUGGCCUCAGAUCCUUAACAUCAGCGCAGCAAUGUUGGGGCUCAACAGCUCUAAUCCUUUGCCUCCGGUGGGGUCUACUCUUCCUGGCGAGGGUUUGGAUAGAGGGAGAUGCGCGAACGCCACGAGGGAGAGGGAGAAAGUGCGGAGGCUGGCGGACCUGGCUCUGUGGACCACGAGGCAGCUGCAAGAUAGAGCCAUGAAAGGAAGCUACGAAGGCCACGACGACGAAGAGAUAGAGCUGCUAGUUCGCCUGGCCUGGUUUCUGGAGCAGCUAGCGCAGGUGACUGGGUUCGAUCCCAACGCGGACAAGUUUGUCAAAGAGAAAGGGGCAUCAUCGGAGAGGGACAGACAACGGAGUAGCACGGAGGCGCCAUUAAAUCCGCUGGCGCUGCCCGUGCCGGAAGAAGUGAAGCUGCAGAUGAUCAGCUGCCUCCAGCAGAACUCCAGUGUUCCAGCAACAGAGCGCUGCGCCAUUCCAGUUCAGCUGCCGCCUCUGUUACGCAUGGCUCUCAGCAUUCCAGAGAACAAUGACUCGGUACCAUUAAAAUCUUCAAAUGCAACUUCUGAUUCGGACACUGGGCCAUCGACAUCAAGUCCGCCAUCUUUAGAAACGCUCGAUACGGUUGAAGACAACCAAAUGUCAAAAUUGGCGCCCUUUCGCGGGGCUGUCAAAUCGGUUCGGAAACGCUCUCUGAGCGACGUAGACGAGCCCGCGUUGAAAAAGAGAUCGGCGCGCGAUGACGUACACCGUCCACUAUUUGACGAGUAUUCAAAAGCGAAAUUUGGAGUACACCCAGUCGAGCACUCGCGUCGUCUCAAAGAUAAAUCGUUUAGAAACGAUGGGUUGAAAUCGGUGCGGAGACGCUCGGUAGGUUACGAUCGCCUCACCAUCCGCGAGUCCGAGGACCCGAUGCAGGACAUCAGCUACUACGUGAAGAACAAACCGGGCACGAACAGACGGCCCUCGGCGGUGGGCGCGGCGGAGGCGCGUCUCGCCCUCGAGAGGAUCUUCCAGACUGGCAACAUCGAGGUGGUUCGCCGCUACGGGGCCAACUACAACCCCCUCGUCCCGUCGCCCUUCUAUUUCGGCGUUAUAAAAACUAUAUCCGACAUC